AGUGGCGGGGAGGGCGGGAGCAGAGCUGGGCACUCGAGGGGCGCGGGGCGACAGGACGAUGGCCGUGGCUGUGCUGCGGUGAGAGGCACCCAGGGGAUCAUGAAGGCCAAUGGCAGCGCUCUGCUCAAUGCCUCACAGCAGGCACCAGGAGGCGGGGAGAGUGAGCAGCCGCGGCCGUCGUGGCUGGCCUCCACACUGGCCUUCAUCCUCAUCUUCACCAUCGUGGUGGACAUCCUGGGCAACCUGCUGGUCAUCCUGUCUGUGUAUCGCAACAAGAAGCUCAGGAAUGCAGGAAAUAUGUUUGUGGUGAGCUUAGCUGUUGCAGACCUCGUGGUGGCUAUUUACCCAUAUCCCUUGGUGCUGACAUCCAUAUUUAACAAUGGCUGGAAUCUGGGAUCUCUGCACUGUCAAAUCAGUGCGUUUCUGAUGGGGUUGAGUGUCAUCGGCUCGAUAUUCAACAUCACCGGGAUCGCCAUUAACCGCUACUGCUACAUUUGCCACAGUCUCAAGUACGACAAAUUCUACAGUAACAAGAACUCCCUCUGCUACGUGUUCCUGAUAUGGGUGCUGACGCUCGUAGCCAUCAUGCCCAACCUGCAAACCGGAACUCUCCAGUACGAUCCCCGGAUCUACUCCUGUACCUUCACCCAGUCUGUCAGCUCGGUGUACACGAUAGCGGUGGUGGUUUUCCAUUUCCUCGUGCCCAUGAUUAUCGUCAUCUUCUGCUACUUACGCAUCUGGAUCCUGGUUCUUCAGGUCAGACGGAGGGUGAAACCUGACAACAAGCCCAAACUGAAGCCACAGGACUUCAGGAACUUCGUCACCAUGUUCGUCGUGUUCGUGCUCUUUGCCAUUUGCUGGGCUCCACUCAACUUCAUAGGGCUCAUUGUGGCCUCAGACCCUGCCACCAUGGUCCCCAGAAUCCCAGAGUGGCUCUUCGUGGCUAGUUACUACAUGGCAUAUUUCAACAGCUGCCUCAAUGCGAUUAUAUAUGGACUACUGAACCAGAAUUUCAGAAAGGAAUACAAAAGAAUUAUCGUCUCCCUGUGCACAGGCAAGAUGUUCUUCGUGGACAGCUCAAACGAUGAGGCAGAUAAGAUUAAAUGUAAGCCCGCUCCCCUAAUAGCCAAGAAUAACUUAAUAAAAGUGGACUCUGUUUAAAAAAGCCAGUGGUGCUAACAAAUUACCCGCACUGGUUGGGGUCUUACCGCUUUCUGCGUCGGCUUUCUCUUGUCUAGAAAUCAGCAUAGUCCAACUUGAAGCUCUUUAGGGUUGCCUCUGUGUUGCCGGAACUGAGCCACUGUGUGCUUUAUAACCAGAUCUCUAGUUCUGCCUAUGAAGGGGAAUACUGAACAUGUACAGCCUCUUGUUAAAUGAACCAGUGGAGGAGGU